UUCCUAAACCAACCUCAUUUUCUGCAUCUGUUACAAAACAAAAACUUCUUUUAUUAACUUUUUGCAAAAAAAAAAAAAAUGGCUGUUUCAUCUUCUUCAUCUCUUUUGCUCCUUUUUCUUGUGUUUGGUUUUGCUGCAGCAACUAAGGAUGUUUUGCUUGGUGGAAAGACCGAUGCUUGGAAGAUUCCAUCUGAAUCUGAUUCACUCAACAAAUGGGCUCAAAGUGUUCGCUUCCAAAUUGGAGACCAUCUAAUUUGGAAAUAUGAAGCUGGAAAAGACUCAGUUUUGCAAGUUACCAAAGAGGAUUAUGUGAGUUGCAACAUCUCAAACCCAAUCAAACAAUACAAUGAUGGAAACACAAAAGUUAGAUUUGAUCAUUCUGGUCCAUACUACUACAUCAGUGGAGAAAAGGGUCACUGUGAAAAGGGUCAGAAACUUACUAUAGUGGUUAUGAGUCCAAGGGGAGGAAAGAGUCCUACUCCUGCUGCUUCCAUUUCACCUGCAGUUGCACCUUCACCAGCUGAGGUUGCAGGUCCUGGUCCUGCUGUUGCUCCAGCUCCAACUAGUGCGGCAACUGUUUUGCAAGGUGGUGGUGUUUUUGUGGCUAUUGGAGUUAUUGUUGCUAUGUGGCUUUUCUGAUUUGAAUCGCCCUUUUGUUAAUUUUAGAUUUUCUUAGUAUUAUAUUAUUGGGAUUGGUUUAAAAACAGUCACAGUGAGGUGAUUGUUAGCUUGUUAUUUUUGUUGGGAUCUUAUUAAUCAAAUUUUAAUAUAAAUUAUAUUAUCAUA